AUGGAUGCAGGGGAGACGGACUGGAGAUUCGUUACGCACAAACUGUUCAUCAAUUACGCCUUUCAAGCCGCGCCACUCGUACUUCUCUACUACGACUACCUCCUCACGCUCGGCGACGAAAUCGAGAACUACUGGCCACCGCGUCGACCUCUGACCUGGCUCUCAGGCCUCUUCUUGGGAACGCGGUACUUCACUCUGCUCUCGUUUGUACCAAUCCUGGUCACGAUGGUGUGGGGUACGGCAUCUGCGUACUUUCAUGCGGUGUUGGAGUUGUUCCUUCAGAUACCCAUCGGAGUACUGUGCAGUAUGCGGGUCUAUGCGCUCUACUCAAGAGACCGGAGGAUCCUCAUAGGACUCCUUAUCCUGGGCGUUGUACUCACAGGCAUCACCGUGUACAUGGUAACGAGGCUGAACGACAUUGCGCCAGUAUACUACUGGCCAAGCGCUCCUCUGUGCACGGUCGCACGCACAGGAAGGGAUGGCGUAGGCUACGCCGUGAUGUGGGGAGCCGUGCUGCUCUUUGACCUCGUCAUCUUCCUUUUGACCGCGUUGCGCGCUUUCCGGGUGUGGAAAGCCGGGCGCAUCGUUCAAGUGGUCCUUAGGGAUGGUGUCAUAUACUUCUGUGCCUUGUCGGGUGCCAAUAUCAUCAACAUUGUGGUCCUUCUGGUAGCGACGCCUCUGCUCAAGACCACAUUCUCGUCAAUGACCAACAUCAUCUCCGUCGUCCUGAUUUCACGACUUAUGCUCAACUUACGAUCGGACCUCACACCAAGUUCCGCCCCUACGGACGAUACGGAACUUACUGCCACUUCAGCGCCUCUCGAUACGAACAUCAUGGCCUCCGAGGGAUACAUUGGCACCCACCGGUCUACGGCUUACCCAACACGAACGCAAUACGACGAUAUGGGAGUGUAG